UCGUCACCUCCGGCAACGUCACCGUGACGGCACAGUCAAAACAACCGAAACAUGAUGCUAGCGCCUCGAACCCGAGAGUAAAAUGUCGUGUUUUUAGCGAUCGCCGAUGAAAACGUCGGAGAUUUGUCGUCUUAAUGUCACGAUCGAGGCGGACUAUGAGUUUGGCAGCGUUUCAAUCGGAAAAAGGGAUCAAAAAGUGACCAUAAAAGCACCAGUGUCGCGACCGGGUUGCUAACGACAGGCGUCGGUCCAGCUUCCAAACCCGGUACGCGUGAAAAUAUACACGUCUUGCUUUUAAAACCUGAAGUGUAAAGUCAGUGAGAGAGGUUUGCUCCAGGCAGGUAUCUGGGUCCCCGGGACAGGCCGGUGCUCACCGAAGAGACGGGGAACAGGAUCGGUAAGCAGGGGGGAGCGGCCACCGCAGAGCCCGUGGAGAAGAUGGCAAGCAGCCCCGAGAAAAGCUCCUCGGCGCAGGAGCUCAAGGAGCAGGGCAACCGUCUGUUCCUCAGCCGCAAGUACCAGGAGGCCGCCACCUGCUACAGCAAAGCCAUUAACCGCAACCCGUCGGUGGCCGUGUACUACACCAACAGGGCGCUCUGCUACGUGAAGCUGCAGCAGUACGACAAGGCGCUGGCCGACUGCAAGCACGCCCUCGAGCUCGACAGCCAAUCGGUGAAGGCCCACUUCUUCCUGGGCCAGUGUCAGCUGGAGCUGGAGAACUACGAAGAGGCCAUCGGCAAUCUGCAGAGAGCCUAUAACCUGGCAAAGGAGCAGCGGUUGAAUUUUGGAGACGACAUCCCAAGUGCUCUUCGCAUCGCCAAGAAGAAACGCUGGAACAGCAUAGAAGAGAAGCGAAUCAGCCAAGAAAACGAGCUGCACGCUUAUCUCACCAAACUCAUCCUGGCCGAGAAAGAGAGAGAGCUGGACGACCGAGUGAAGCAGUCGGAGGACAGUCAGAACGGAGGAGAGAUCAGCAAGAUCAAGUCCAAACACGAUAAGUAUUUGAUGGACAUGGACGAGCUUUUCUCUCAAGUGGACGAGAAGAGGAAGAAGCGGGAGAUCCCAGAUUACUUGUGUGGGAAGAUCAGUUUUGAGCUGAUGAGGGAACCCUGCAUUACUCCCAGCGGAAUAACCUACGAUCGCAAGGACAUCGAGGAACAUCUACAGCGUGUUGGUCAUUUUGACCCAGUGACCCGCAGCCCGCUCACCCAGGAUCAGCUGAUCCCCAAUCUGGCCAUGAAGGAGGUGAUCGACGCUUUCAUCCAGGAGAACGGCUGGGUGGAGGACUACUAAACACACACACACACACACACACUCUCUGUCGAGCGGACCGCAGCGGUUUCCUCACGAAUCCUCUCCUGUAUGUUAAUGCACUUUAAUCAGUGGAGCUUUGCUGUGGAGUCUCUCGCCCGCAAGGAGUCUUUCUCGCCGUCUUUCCACUUUGUCCUUCCUCGCCGGACAGAACAAUCCCCAUCCCGCCGGUUUUGUUCGGACACUCGCUUUCAAUCGGCUGAUGUUUGCCGCACACGAUGAUGCUGUAAUUUCCUCGUUGAAUGUUAAAAUAGCGACGUUACCGAUGACUCAUCACCGAUAAUCAUUCAGAGGAAACGUGCGCAGGUUGGUGUGUGUGUGUGUGUGUGUGUGUUUUUUUGUUUUUUUAUCUGUCACUUACGAGAUCUAUAUGCAGAAUGAAUGGGAUAUAUGCGAGUGUAAAAAAAAAAAUCUAACCUGAGUAGAAUGUUUCUAAGAUGCUUCGGGUUCUAGCAAGACGCCGUUUUUUUUAUUUUGUAACGAGCGUGAAAACAUAUAUUCAGACAUUCAUCCACAUACCGGCUGCCAAUCAAGGAAACCGAAGUGAGAAUCGGUGGCAUGCAGAUGACAUCAUCAUCUUCAUCAUCAUCAUCAUCAUCGUCGUCGUUAUGGUGUAUCAUAAGUUUAGUCUCACUCUUGUGUGUCUGUGCGUUAGAGCGAGAGGUAAGUGAUUAAUUCACACUAUAUUGAUUUAGCCUUUCCCUCUGGAGCUUUGGGGAGUUUUCCGUUUCCUGUCAUGAACACACACUUCCUGUUUAGCAUCAGUAUUUUUCAGAGAGCCCUUGCUAGCUGCUGGACGUCAGAGUUCCUCAACUGCUCGUCCGGCUGGGUUAUUCCGAUAUUCCCCGAGUGUAACGAGUUUAGGUUGGAUGCAUGUUCAAUAAAUGUUAUUUUGUUUCGUUUUGUAA